AUGGCGGCCUCGCAGGAGAAGCCGCAGCCGACGUUCGGCGUCCUCAGGAACGCGGCGGCGCUGCUCGACGAAAUGCAGCUCAUGGGAGAGGCGCAGGGCGGCAAGAAGGUGAUCAACUCGGAGCUCUGGCACGCCUGCGCCGGGCCGCUGGUGUGCCUGCCGCAGCGGGGCAGCCUCCUCUACUACUUCCCCCAGGGCCACAGCGAGCAGGUAGCGGCGACCACCAGGAAGAUACCCAACUCGCGCAUCCCCAACUACCCUAAUCUGCCGUCCCAGCUGCUGUGCCAAGUCCACAACAUCACCAUGCAUGCUGACAAGGACACCGAUGAGGUCUACGCGCAGAUGACUCUUCAGCCAGUGAAUUCUGAAAGCGACGUGUUCCCGAUUCCGUCUCUCGGUAGCUACACCAAAAGCAAGCAUCCUGCGGAAUACUUCUGCAAGAACUUGACCGCAAGUGAUACGAGUACGCACGGCGGUUUCUCGGUGCCUCGAAGAGCUGCAGAGAAGCUGUUCCCACAGCUGGAUUACUCGAUGCAGCCUCCAAACCAGGAGCUUGUCGUCCGGGAUUUGCACGACAACAUGUGGACAUUCCGUCACAUUUAUCGUGGGCAGCCGAAGCGACAUCUUCUAACAACUGGAUGGAGUCUCUUUGUUGGCGCCAAAAGGCUUAAAGCAGGGGACUCUGUCUUAUUUAUCAGGUAUAUGGACUCAAAUUGCAGCAUAUACUAG